AUGAAUCACAUCACAGCCCCCGACGAGCCCUUCCUCUCCCCCUCCGACCUCGCCCUCGCCGCCGCAACGUCCUCCCACACGCAGAACCGCUUCCGCAUCUCGACCCGCAAGCUCCCCAUCUCCAAGUCCGCCGCCAUCGACGCCCUCGAGAAGAAGCUCGGCAUCCCCGUCCCCGAGAUGAUCUUCGGCGACAACCUCGUCUCCAUCACCCACACGCCCUCCAACUGGACCCUCAGCUUCAACACCACAGACGCCCUCGACGCCGUCGACAAGACGGACAAGCACAUGCUGCGCGUCGCCUACGCCCGCGACUGGGAGAGCACGCGGGAGGAGACGACACAGAACAUCAAGGAGGUGGUCAAGCCCUACGACUGGAGCUACUCGACGGCGUACGCCGGGUCCGUGGACGGCGGCGUGGCGUUUGCGCCCACGGACAAGCAGAUCCCGAUUGAGCUGCUCAAGCGGCGCGACCCGAUCCUCUUCUUCGACGAGGUCGUGCUGUACGAGAGCGAGCUAGACGACAACGGGAUCUCGCUGUAUAGCGCAAAGCUGAGGGUCCAUGAUAAGCGCAUGCUGUUGCUGUGCAGGCUGUUCAUGCGCCUGGACAACGUCUUGGUGCGGUUGAGGGAUACGCGGAUAUACGUUGACUUCGAGACGGACGAGGUGCUGCGCGAGUAUACAUCCAAGGAGGCCAGCUUCAACGACGUAAAGAAUGCGCUGCGGAGGACAGGAAGGCUACCGGAUGAUGUCACCGUCGCUCUACGGGAUCCCAAUGCCUUGGAUCCAUUCUUGAACGUUGUCGAACACAGGAUAGAAGCAGUGUCACUGGCAGGGCAGCAGUGA